AAAUAAAUAAAGUUUAAUAUAAAAGGCUAUUGUGACAACGUGCGGUUGAUAAGUUUUCCCAACUAUGAAACUGCUUCUGAUAGGAACACUAGUCGUUUGCCUUGGGCAGCUUCAAGCUGGUCCAGUGGCUCUUCCAUCGAAGGGUGUACCCUCUUUGGACAAUCAAGCACGGUUUUUCUCGGAGUUUAACAAUCUGCUCAAUGGAAUUGCAAAAGAAGCACUCGUGAGCCUUACGACGCUAGAAGACAGCACAACCAAGCAAUUCCGUUCAGUCGAAGAUGCGAUCCAGGAUUUGGAGAAACUUUACAACGAGAAAGUGCUGAAAGAAAUCGCAAGUUACGAUGGUGCACUGGACGAGCUUAAGGCGAAAGUGUCGCCAUGCUUCACGGAAGUGCCCCAGGACAUACGAGACAUUGUGGAAAGUGCUCGGGAUAAAGCAGCAGUGUGCGGCAAGCAAACGUUAGACCGUGUACGGGGGAUUGAGAAGAAUAUACGAGAUCAUGUGGAGGUAGGUGCCGAGAAGGUCAAGCAAAUUAUUGCGAUCGGACAGAAGUGCCUAUCGGACAACUCUUGGAUCGGAGAUCAGAUCAACUGUGCGCUGCAGAAUGCUCCUGUUGCGGUCAGUAUUGUGGAGGGAAUCGUGCGUGAUGCCGCAGUGCUCGUUGGACAAACAUCCCGUGAAGUGUCCGCACUGGCCAAAGAUACUGAGCAAUGCUUGGCAGUUGCAGUACAGGAUGCAGCGUCCGAAUUCAAUGAUUUGCUAACAAAGGUCGCUCAAUGUUUGGUUAAGACCGAAGAUAACGCCAUUGAUGAAGCCGGAAACUAAACAUAUCCAUAAAGCAGUAGUACCCUCGAAGACCAAAGUUGAUCAGUGAAACAUUUGAUGCCUUAGUAAUACAAGCCUUACAAUAGA